UUUUAUAGUUUUUGAGUUUAAUUCUCAUUUUUAUUCUUUUCUGAAGAGUCUCAAGUUUUCGAAGCCUCAGUUUUUUUCAUAUCCUCUUAUGUUAGCUAACUCCUAUUUCAAUGAAUGUUUUAUUGGUUCGAAAGUCAUUUGAGGUCCUUUCGGUGUUAAAAUUGUUGAGCAUUCUAUUCUGCUUAAAUUAUUUUUUUAUAAUUUUAUAACAACAGAACCCCUUCAAUUUUUUUAAAAUUUUAUUUUUAUAGAUGAAGUAAAUAAAAUUUUAUCUCAUCCAACUAUGCCUGUUACAAUAACGGCUGGUGAAAAUAGAAAAAUUCGUUUCUUUGAUAAUAAUACGGGCAAAAUUAUUUGCUCUACAAUGGCGCAUGUUGAAGGAGUAUCAACUUUAGCAAUAGAUCCAAACGGUUUAUAUAUGUUAAGUGCUUCACAUGAUGGUUCUGUUCGGUUUUGGAAUGCUGAAAAGAAAAUUUGUUUGCAGAAAUUUGGUUCUGGUGUUAUGGCUGUAGCAUUUCAUCCUUCAAGGCAAAUGAUCGGUUCUGCUGGAGCUGAUGGGUUGGCUAAGGUGGGGGGGAAAUUUGUUUAUCUAAUUUUAGUGGAAUUCCCUUUGAUUUUUCAUUUAGUCUCGGAAAUUAAAGAAAACCCUGUAAAAAUUAAUAAAAAUAAGUGA